GCACAGAAUGCAUAACCGAAUGCGACCCGUAAAAUCACGUACAAGUAAUCUAGCUAAUUAUCUAGCUACUUCAUUUGCGUUUAGAUCAUAUUGCCAACAUAUUUAGUUAUGUUGGGAAAUAAUGGCAUCUAAUCUGUCACAUUGGUUUUUAACAACACGAAAGCUGCUUUCUUCAACCGCUUUCUUGGUAACACAGCUCUCGCUUCACCAGAACCUGGCUCUGGAGCUGUCCUGGGGUCAUGAUACCCAUGUGUUCCUCAGCUGGACCAGAAGCAGAGGCACUGCCAACGAGGAGGACCAUAAAGUAGAGUUGAGCAGGCAACUGGGAGAGAAGCUUGGACUCAAAGAUGGAGAGCAGGGCUUCUUGCGGCCAUGCCAGCAGGUCCUGUCUGUACAGCAGGUGUUUGUGGACCCACUCACCUCUGACGACUUGGAGAUCCUGGAGCUCCACAGGCAGCAGCUCCUGGAGCAGAAUAGAGUGGUGUUUCCUGAUGCAGUGUUUCCUGUGUGGGUGGACCAGAAAACACUCAUCUACAUCCGAAUCAGGUCCUCUCUGGAGAGCAUUCAGAAGACUGGACUUCCUGUACAACAAUGUCCCAACGCUGCUGGCCUCCAGUGCCCCCAGGGCGGGAUAGCAAUCCUAAAGAACAUGGUCAGGUACAUGCUAACAUGGAACUAUGACCCAAAGGUGAGAGAGCGGGCCAAGUUGGCCAUGGAGAAGAAUAAAAGUGGAGGUGCUGGUGGUGCUCCCCAGCCUGGUGAUGAUGCAGGGGACAGGGAAGAGGAAGCCGCUGUACAGUCGUGGCCAAAAGUUUAG